AUGACGGACAACUCACCCGAAGAUGGCCACGCCACGACCGAUUCAGAACAUGAAAAUUUGAACACAGGAAACAAUGAUGCGGAUAUGGCCCUUCACCAGGAAGCGAAUGACCAACACAAAGAAGAUCCAAAGCAUCAUCUGAGCAACUUCAAAAGUCAGAUGUACCUGGCCAACGCUUCUGAUGCCACUCGCUGUAAAGCUUUCCCGACCACCUUGACGAAAGUAGCGAAGAAGUGGUUCGACAGCCUCCCUCCAAGAUUGGUCACGAGCUUCGACGACCUCUCGAGGAAAUUUCUGAUGCGGUUCUCCAUUCAAAAAGACAAGGUAAAACACGCACCGAGCCUCCUAGGUGUGAAACAGGAGGUCGAAGAACCUUUAAGAAACUACAUGAAAAGGUUCAACAAAGCGUGCUUGGAGAUUCAAGACCUGCCCACGGAGGCAAUAAUCAUGGGCCUAGUAAAUGGACUCAGGGAAGGCUCCUUCUCCCAGUCCAUAUCAAAAAGGCAACCUACCUCCUUGAAUGAUGUACAGGAAAGAGCCGAAAAGUACAUCAACAUAGAGGAAAACGCUAGACUACGAGAGCCAAGUUGGCGGCUUGGGCACUAUCACCUGUUGAAAGAGAAAGAGAGAGAGUCCAAGAAGAAGAAGGAGAUCGGCGUAGAGAAGUCGAGGAGAUAUCACUCUUAUACUCCUCUGAAAGUUUCCCUAAUCGAUGUGUAUAGGGAAAUCUGUCAUACUGAAAGGCUUCCACCCCCUAGGCCCAUCAAGAACAAAAAGGGGGAGAGUCGUGACGACUACUGCGAAUACUAUAAAAUGUAUGGUCACCCUACAAAUGACUGUUACGACCUAAAAAACGUGAUAGAAAAACUGGCCAGGGAAGGUCGGCUCGACAGAUAUCUCGUAGAAAGGUCGGACAAACAUGGAAAAAGGAAGCGAGAUGAUAGUAACCAAAGAGACCCACCACCACAGACCCCAGAGAGACAUGUACACAUGAUCUCGGAGGGAUUUGGAGGAGGAGGGCUCACUAAGUCAUCUCGCAAGAGGCAUCUAAAGCGGGUCUACCAGGUCAGGAGCGAGACUCCCGAUCUCCCAACCAUCUCAUUCACCAAAGAAGAUGGGCAAGGGAUCAUCCUUGGGCAUGAUGACCUGGUGGUGAUAACCAUGAUCCUGGUAAAUGCCCAUCUCCACAUAACCUUGGUGGAUCAAGGGAGCUCGGUUGACAUACUCUUCAAGCCAGCAUUUGACAAACUAGGGUUGGAUGAAAGGGAGCUAAAAGCUUACCUGGACACCCUUUAUGGAUUAGAAGACAUGCCAAUAAAGCCACUAGGAUACAUACCCCUCCACACGACCUUUGGAACGGGGGAAAAAUCCAAAACUCUGAGUGUCGACUUUGUAUUCGUUGAUGUUGGGUCGGCGUAUAAUGCCUUAAUUGGCAGAACUACCCUAAACCGGCUCAGAGCGGUGGUGUCAACCCUUCACCUUUGCAUAAAAUUUCCAACGCCUAAGGGAAUAGCGACGGUGCGGGGAGACCAAAAAUUGGCAAGAAAGUGCUACAAUAAGAGCUUGAACCUCAGAGGAAAGGGCAAGAAAGUUCACACCAUAGAGCUCGGUGGGGUAAAAGCUAAAGAAGAGCUGUGGCCGCAACAGGGGGAAAAACAUGAAGAGCAAGCUCGCGGCAAAUUGGAAAGGACCAUACAAAAUUAG